UCCUUAGCGUUAUGAUAAUACCCGUGUAUAAACCCAUUCGGCACAGCCAAAACGCUUCCCAUCCCCCCCUUAAACGAGAUACCGCGCACCUCCCUGUUCGCCCGCCUAUAUAGCCCGUCCCUAAAGCAAUCUCCUCGGCUCUUCUCCAGUAAUUGCCGCCAUCUCCUUCCCGCCGUCCUAUCUCCGCAAAACGCACCCAUCAAACGACACUAUGUCCGCACCCACCCCCUCACCACCGGGCGCCGUCGUACUGCUCGGCGGCACCGGCAAGAUCGGCAGCCGCAUCGCGGCGCUGCUGGAGACCGCCGGGAUCCCCUCGGUGGUCGCCUCGCGGUCGGGGGCGCUGCCGGCCGGCGUCAGCAGCAGCGGUGGCCUCGCGCGGGGCGUCCGGUUCGACUGGACGGACGAGUCGACGUGGGAGGCGGUGCUGGCGGCGGCCGCGCCGUCGCCGAUCCGCGCCGUCUUCGUCAUCGAGGCGCCGCUGCCCGAGCAGCCGGCGCUCUCGCGCGCCUUCGUCGACCGCGCGCGCGGCCGCGCCCCCCGCUUCGUCCUGCUCAGCGCCAGCGCCAUCCCCGAGGGCGGCCCGCUGACCGGCCAGACGCACCGCUACCUGCGCGAGCUCGGCGACGCCGGCGCUGUCGAGUGGGCCGUCCUGCGGCCCACCUGGUUCCAAGAGAACUUCCUGUUGCCGGUCCACUCCGCCGGCCUCGUCGAGGACGGCCUCCUGCACUCAGCCACCCGGGCUGGGCGCAUCCCCUGGGUGUCAGCGGACGACAUCGCCGCGGUCGGGUUCCACGCGCUGACGGUGGCCGAGCCGCCCAACACCGAUUUCCUGGUCCUCGGGCCCGAGCUGUUAACCUACAACGACCUCGCGGCCACCUUCACCGCCGUGCUCGGCCGCCCCGUCGCGUACCAGGAGAUCGACGAGGCGGCCGUCGCGGCGCGCUUCGUUGAGGGCGGCAUGCCCGAGACGUACGCGAAGCAGCUCGCCGCGCUGGACGUCGCGAUCCGCGACGGCCUCGAGGAGCACUACCCGCCGACGCCGGCGGUCGCCGACAUCGUGCGCCGCGUCACGGGGCGCGAGCCCCGGCCCUUCCGCGACUACGUCGAGGCGAACCAGGCGGCGUGGUCCGCCAAGGGGCAGAAGUAGGGCGAGAAGAGGGGGG